AUGCCUUCAAGAAUCCUAAUAUCCUCCGGUCCCCUCAAACAACUCGCCCUCCUCCGCCAAGUCCGGGGCAACGCCACACUCGGCACCAGCGCCCACGGGGCGGUCAUCAACGUCCAACAGGUCCCCGCGCCUGGCGCCGGGCACAUUAGGGUGCUGCUGCUGAACAGGCCGGAGGCUCGCAACGCGAUAUCGCGACAGCUGCUGAAUAGCCUGGGGGCGCAUAUCAAGUCCAUCAGCGCGGAGAGGGGGGUUGGGCCGACUCGGGCGUUGGUUCUUGCGAGCAAUGUCGAUGCCUCGUUUUGUGCGGGAGCGGAUUUGAAGGAGAGGGCGAAGUUUACGAGAGAAGAGACCGAUGCAUUCCUCGCUCAGCUCCGGGAGACCUUUACCAACCUCGAGGAGCUCCAGAUUCCCACCAUCUCUGCCAUCUCCUCCAUGGCUCUAGGCGGCGGUCUUGAGCUCGCCCUGACCACACACCUCCGUGUCUUCGGCUCAACGAGUACGGUCGGCCUUCCAGAGACUCGGCUCGCUAUCAUUCCUGGCGCAGGCGGCACGCAUCGCCUUCCCCGUCUCAUUGGCAAAAACCGAGCUCUCGACAUGAUCCUCACAGGCCGACGAGUCAGCGGACCGGAAGCCUACUUUCUCGGUCUGUGCAAUCGGUUGGUGGAGAUCAACCCGGAAGAGCAAGCUCAGGCGGGCGUGCCUCGGGAGAAGGUAUUGCAGGAGAGUAUUAAACUGGCGUUGGAUAUCUGUGAGGGAGGACCAAUUGCGCUCAAACAAGCUGUCAAGGCAGUUACGGGUUAUGAAAGGGGACAGGAAGGGGAGAAUGAGGCGUACCUAGGAGUUGUGGAUACCGAGGAUCGAUAUGAGGCUUUGAAGGCGUUUGCUGAGAAGAGGAAACCGUGCUUCAAGGGCAGGUGA